AUGGGUGAGCUGUCGAAGCACGACCAAAUGACCGUGGCGCGUAUGCUGCUUGCGGUCAUGAACAGCGACUUUAUGCAACUGAUUCAAAUCGUGCAUCAAGCUGGUUGGAUUCCACCGGGCACAGACCAAGAUGCGCUAGCACGUGAAAUGCGUCGCACGGUCGGGCCAAUGGUGUCCAAACCCAUGCAUGAAUUGGACUUCGCGGGCAUUUUGAUUCAAGUGAUGGAUAUUGCACGACGCUUCCAUUUGGAAAUUCCACCACAGCUGAUGCUGCUGCUUAAAACCCUCGUGCAUGUUGAGGGUUUAGGGACUGACCUUUACCCAGAGCUGGACAUUUGGAGUUUGGCAAAGCCAAUCCUGACCGAUUGGAUCAAAGCGCAAAUGAAUCCACAAAAGAACCUAAAAGAGCUGGGACAAAAAAUUCCAGACUUACUUUUAGGGGCACAAGACUUCCCAACGCUGUUGGUCGAUAGCUUAAAUGGUCUCAAAAACCAAUCAGCUUGGCAUGCUAAACAGCUCAAUGAACUACAAAGCAUGCGCCUGCAAAUGGAACAUCAGCAAAAACGGAGUUGGAUUUUUGGUAGUCUCAUGGCCAUUUUGCUGUCGAUUGCCAUUAUCUCGCCG